UCCGGCUCAAAAAAGACAACCGCCCAACGUCGCGUGUGCCAGUUAGCCCGCGACGCCUGUAAAAUUUCCCAGCAGCAGAACAAAUAUCUUGAUAAAUUAUCAACACUCAAUUUUACAGCGCCAGCAUAUUCAAUCGCUUAGCUUGCGUAUCCUCCAUCCGAAUAUUUCAGCACAUCGGUCAUCCUCCAUCCGUCACUACCACCAAGCGCCUGGCUGCAUCUUCGUAGCUUCACGCCCGACAGCGUCUACAACCCUCUAUUCAACCUAUAUCCUAACCCUUUUUGCUGCCCAACAUGGCGCAAAACAGGCAUUGGGAGCAAGACAAGGAGGCCACCGUCUACAUUGGCAACAUCGAUGAGCGAGCAACACCAGCCAUGGUCUACGAAGUCAUGCUUCAAAUGGGCCCGAUUCACAACAUACAUAUUCCCCGCGACCGCGUCACCCAAGUCCACCAGGGUUUCGGCUUUGUCGAGUUCCGCACCGUCGCCGAUGCUGAGUACGCUGCCAACGUGAUGAACGGCGUCAAGCUCUACGGAAAGUCGCUCCGCGUCAACAAGGCCAGCGCCGACAAGCAGAAGACGGCCGACAUUGGCGCCGAGCUCUUUGUGGGCAACCUCGAUCCCAUGGUCGAUGAAAAGCUCCUCUACGACACAUUCAGCCGCUUCGGUCCGCUACUGUCCGCCCCCAAGGUGGCCCGCGAGGACAGCUUUGCCAGCAAGGGUUUCGGCUUCGUCAGCUUUGCCGAUUUCGAAAGCAGCGAUGCUGCCAUUGCCAACCUCAACGGCCAGUAUAUUCUCAGCAAGGAGGUGUCCGUACAAUAUGCGUUCAAGAAGGACGGCAAGGGCGAGAGACACGGUGACGACGCCGAACGAGCACUCGCAGCAGAAGCCAAGAAGCGCAACAUUGUUCCCGAAGCACAGGCUAUUCCUCAGGCCUUCCUUGCCAGCAACACUCCUGGCGCUGUACCGACUCCUCCUCCUGCUGCUCCCAAUGGCUUCGCCCCUCCUCCGUCACUCGGUGGCCAAAUGCCCGGUGGUGCUGCUCCUCCCGGCUUCGCUCCUAUGCCAGGUUAUGGUGCUCCUGGUGCACCUCCCGGCCUCGGAAGAGCAGCCGCUCCUCUGCAACCACCACCCGUUGGCUUGCCCGCGCGACCUCCGCCAGGCCAGCCUGGAUAUCACGGACAAGACUACAACGCUGGGGCUUACCGCGGGCCUCCUGGAUCGCAACCUCCGCCUGGCUUCCCCAGCGCGCCUCCUGGGUUCGCUCCGCCUCCUGGUUUUGCACCUCCUCCGGGUGGUCCGCCUGGAUUUAUGCCACCGGCUGGCUUCCAACCGCCACCUAACUUCCCCCAAAGGUGAUAAGUUCGCUUUUCUCUAAUAUGUAACAACACAAAAUUUACCCAUCAAUCACCCGAGCAAACAGAUGUUCCGACGUUGGCGUCGCAAAGAGGCCUUGUGCAUAUAUAAAAGUUGAAAAUCUUCUAUUAUUCACAUUGAUACAUAUGGCCCGCAGAGCCUAGAGCUACAGCUGAUGUACUUUACAUAUAAAUCGACGCUGACUCCUCCUACCUCCGGCCAGCGUCUCAAAAACACAAAACUUUGCAAUCGGAGCCCUCUCCUGCAAAAUAUUCCUCAAACAACGCUUUUUAAUCAAACCACAUACACAUCAGGGGUAACGAAUAACGCCUCCGGUUGAAAGAAGAUAGAAUUUAUGAACAGGAUAUGCGCUUGGGGGUAAAUGGGGAAUGUAGACUGGUGAACGAUCAUGUACACAGUAAAACGCAUGUGCCGUUUGAGGGCGGUGAUAUACAAAUCAAUCAGUCGAGAAUGCCUGCCGAGUUUCCUGUGUCGCUUUUUCCAUUUCGCUUAUUGACUGUUCGCGCUCGCCAGCCAUUUCGUAUGAAUGCGCGAGCAUGCCGUCUGCAACACUUUGCCAGAGCAUGUUGCCGCUGCGCUGAGCUUGCUUAGAUGCUGCGAGGGCACUCUUGAGAGCCUGGUCUCCAAUGACAUUCUCAAAGAACCGACUGCGCAUAAUACACAGGGUCACAGCCGCACCAAGGAUGUUGGAUGUGUUCUUGGAUCCGCCCAUAGCAACAUGCAUAUGCUGCUUCUGCUGAUUCAGCUGCUGAGGAGGCUCCGUCACAAGCGCUGCGGCCACGUUGUGCCAUGCCGUGCGUAGAUCGACGUUCCAGUGGUUGUUGCAAAUGGGUUGCAACAGCUCCAGCAGCUCCUGCGUCUCGUAGUCGUUUCGGCAGCUGGGGUGUUGCAUAAGCCAGAGUUUGUUCAAACCCGCGAGUAACGCAACUUCUCUCUGGCCAACCUUGGCUCCAGCCGUAGUGCCUUGAGGAAUAGUAAACUGCUCGUCAAGGAAAGUCUCCAACGCGGCCUUGACAUCGCCAGUACCUUGUUGGUAGACGCCUCUCAGAUAGACAGAUAGUAGUCGCAGUGUUGGCUGUGUAGACUCAGAAAUCAGACCCUUCAACUUUUUCAACUGUGUGUUGACCUUUGCCCAUUGACAGUGACUAGCAGCCAAAAGGCCCAGCAUUACGCGCAGGUAGAUUUGGCCUUCUGUUCGCCAUUCUCUUUGAGAAAUCGCCGUGUUGAGCGGUACAGGUGGCCCGUAGGGGAUACCUGCUGUAGAUUUGUCCCAGGUGUCAAGAAUCUUUAGGCCUUCACUCCAAAGCUCCGCCGCUCUCCUACCUUGCGACGAUGGCUUAUGGAAACUAGCCAGUCCACUAAAGGUGAACACCAGCGAACGGAGUUCCAUCUUGGUCAUGAAGGACAUGAUCAAAUAGUCGGAUUGGGCGUCAGCGUUCCCAGGGCGAAUAAUGCCAGCCGUGUCCUCGCUGACUGUCCUAGCACCUGAUGACUGCUUUUUGACUGGCACCUCAAAGUCAGACCGCACGUUGUUCCAACCAUCCGCAUCGUCAAGAGCCUUUUGCAGUCGGCGAAGCUUCUGUGUUGUCACAUCCGGGCUGUGGUGUUGCAGACUGGAGGCAAAGUCCAGAACCAUGGUGAGCACGUCCAAUUCCACAAUCUGCACACUUGGGUCGAGUUGAUAUUUCGCAGCCUGUGCCAGGCAUCCGUGGACUUUCUCGAGAUUGCCAUCCUUUUCUGUUUUCAGAAGCGCAAGUCCUUCCAACAGAGACGCAAGCACACCCAUAGCGACAUCGCCACGGACAUUUGCAAUGUUUUGGAUAGCGCGUAGGUUUUCCAAGGCACUUAGAUCGGAUGAGUGAUCCAUUUCAUGGUAGAACGUCGCUUUCAGGAGACGAAACGCGUAAUACCAGUGAACGUGCUUGAAGGCUUCGCAGUUGGCAAUAUAUCCAUCCACCGCUUUCAGCGCUGCCUUUUGGUUUCUUUGAAACAAUGUCUUGAGCAUGGAGUGCUGUAGACAGUAUUUAAGGUCAAACAGGCGAUGCUUGUCGCAGAGUGUUACUCCCUUGGUCAAAGUGGUCUCGGCUUCCAUCAGGUUUUCAGUCUCUUCCUGUAGAACAGUAGCGUAUCGUAAUCGCAACCUUGCCUCCUCUCGCGGCGUCAGUUUGCUAUUAUCAAGGGAAGUCUCAAAGCAAGUCAGUGCAGUAGUGAUGAGCUGCUGGUAUUCAUCCACUGCGUCAUCCGUGAGGGACAUAGCGACGUCAUGCGAAAUCCCCUGUGCCUUUUCCAAACAUUCUUCAGCAAUAGCUACCAUAAUUGGUCCGGUCUGAAAAGGACGCGGCUUCGAUGAUACCGAUGGCGAUCGUUUCGUGAUGCUUGGUGAGCGUGCAGUAAUUAACGGAGAGUUGUUAAGAGAAGCAUGAGGGCUGGACUUGAUCUUGGUAGCGCUCGGUUUCGGUGGAGGGGCAAUAGGAGCACAGUCGCUCAUAGGCAUAUCUGGCUCUUGUUUGACUUCCGUCUUGAUGGAUAUAGGCUCGAGUAACGAUGGUGCUAUGGAGCCAGACAAGCUCAGAUCGCGUGGGUCGAUGCUCAUAAAGCUAUCCAUAGCAGCUGGUGUAAUGGUAGACGGCAUUUGAAUAUCCUGCAAAUUCACAAAAUUCAUUUGUUCAUUCUGGAUCUGAUUCUCAACCAGCACAUCGUCGUCUUGCGAGGUCUCGGGCAUCGGCUCUGGAUCUGGCAACUGAGGCGCGGGCUCGUGCCGCAGGGCUACCGGCUGUUGCGGGGUAUGCGGUGCUGUAUUUGUGUUUACAGGAUGCUGUAUGGAUUGAGAUGACAGCUGCGGCGGCUGUGGAAUGGGUACGGGAGUUUGGUGUGGAGGGAUAUGCGAAGGAGGUUGAGACGUUCGGCGUUGCUGAGGUGGUUGAGGUGGCUGUGAAGGCUGCCUAGCUGGCAUAGUCUGAAUUUGAGGCGACUGUGAAUGACUGGGCAGGCGUUGAUGCGGUGAUUGCGGCAUCUGCUGUUGAUUCAACGACUGAUUGGGUAUAGAUGGGUGUCGUAUCAUCGGCGAUGGAUUCUGGCUGUGCUGCAGCUGCGGUGAAGGCGACGCAUUGUGGUAGAACGCCUGUUGAUUCGGUUGUGGAGAGGGGCGAGCGUGCUGCUGAAAUUGGGACUGAAGCUGCGGUUGCGGCGAUGGCUGCGGUGACUGUUGGUGCAUCUGCUGCUGAUAGUGGUUUUGUGUUUGCUGCUGCGAAUAUUGGGUGGCUUGCUGCUGCAGGGAUUGGCGGCGCAUCUGCUGUUGCUGCUGCUGCUGCUGUUUCUCUAUACGAAGUCGCAUUUCAUCGUCCGUUCGAGCCUGCUCGUCUAUCGACUGCUGGGGUAAUCUUUGCAUGUAUGGAGAACUCGGCUGUUGGUUGUGCAGUUGGUAUUGUUGGUGUUGUUGAUGCUGCUGCUGCUGCUGCUGCUGCCAACUUUCGGCAGAAGGGCUCGGCUGUUGAUGGUGAUGCUGUUGAUGCAUUUGACUGGGAGAAGCAGUUGGUAGCGAACCGCUCAUACUCCGAUUAUAUUGAGCUUGAGCCUGGCGCAUAGCCUGCGCCUGUUGUUGUUGUUGCUGCUCCCAGUGUUGUUGAUUCAUAUUCAUCGAGUAUCCAGCUUGACCUUGUCCGUACAUAUUAGACUGUUGAUGCAACUGAGGAGACGGCGCCAGAUAUCCAUUAUGUUGCUGCUGCUGCUGCUGUUGCGGAUGUUGCGGCUGUUGAUACUGAAACUGUGCCUGUUGCUGCGGCGGCGGCUGUUGCCUUUGCUGCAUCUCAGGAUGUUGGUUCGGGUUCUGUUGAUAACCAUAUCCUGGGUGCUGCUGCUGCUGUUGCUGUUGCUGCUGCUGUUGUUGACUAUACAUCUGCUGGCCAGGAUAUCCCUGCCCGGGAGGCAUAGCGCCGUGGUACGACAUGGUCACAAGCGGACAACGUCCGAGGCACGUCGGCAGCCAACAAGGGCUUCGAUAUAUCUAUUCAAGAUAUGUCCCAGACCUCAUUCGCUGCUUUCCAUUACCAGGCAAGGGGUUGGGUCAGUCCGCGAGUGUCCGUGUCGUGCGCUCUGUCGCGUCGCGAUCGGGAAACGAGGGGAGUCAGACGUCCUAAAGCGGCAUUGGCUGGUUGAAAUAGUCGCAGAUAUGGGCUCCGUCACUAUUUUUUCGCCGUCGGAAGCCGAUCGAUGUUUGGCGAGAUGUCGUUGGUCGUCGCAAGUUGUCGGGGA